AUGGCCAUGGUGCAGACGACAUACCCCCAGUGCUUGUCGCUGGUGAAAGCGGACACCGCCGAGGUGGAGUUGCAGCAGGUACUGGAGGACGGUGCCAACACACUCUACUUUAGCCACCACUUCAACUAUACCGAUGUACCGCCUGGUAUCGCUGCGCUGCGCGAGCAACUGGAGGUUCUUCAUAUAGAUAACAACUACCGCUUCACAACCAUCUCCCCCCGCCUGACGGCGUUGACGAACCUGCGCUGGCUGAACGCGAGCUACUGCUCACUCCGCAGCGUGGACUCCUCGAUCAGCCGCCUGUCAAAGCUGGAGCGGCUGACGCUGAACAACAAUAUGCUGACCUGGCUGCCGCUCGAUUUCUGGCAGCUAAAGGCGCUGGAGGAGCUGCACAUGGACAACAACCAUCUCCAUGUGCUGCCCGGGUGCCUCCUCUUCCUUCCUCGCCUUCGUGUUUUAACACUGGAGAACAACCCUCUCUACACGCAUGAGGGGGUUGAUGGGGCGGCUGCAGCAACGUACAUUCCGGCGCAGCGCAGCGUGGACUGCAGCGCAUGCUGCAUCCUGUCCCGCAACUACAAGGUCUUUGUCACCUUCCACAGGAUCGCGGGCUAUCGCGACGUCCCGUUUGUGCACUUUGUGUGCUCCGACGAGUGUGCCGUGCACAUGCGCACGCGCCUGGAGGCGUAUGACCGAGCCCACCUCAACCAGCAGUGA